UGGAGGGCGGAGAGCGGAGAGGGGCCCCCCCGGCAUGUAAAUGAGGAGGCCGCCCGGCAGGGUACCCGCGGCUCCGCGCGGCGCGGCGCUGUUGGCUGCGCGCGGCGCCCGUAAGAGCGCGCGGGAGGGAUCCGCCGGAGCGGGCCGGGCCGGGUCCCGCCGCCGCGUGCCGCCAUGGAGCUGGAGGAGCUGGGCAUCCGCGAAGAAUGCGGCGUGUUCGGCUGCAUCGCCUCCGGCGUGUGGCCCACCGAGCUGGACGUGCCCCAUGUGAUCACGCUGGGGCUGGUGGGGCUGCAGCACAGGGGCCAAGAAAGUGCUGGAAUUGUGACAAGUGAUGGAGAGUCAUCCCAAGCAUUCAAAGUGCACAAGGGAAUGGGUCUUAUAAAUCACGUGUUCAAUGCAGACAGCCUGAAGAAGCUAUAUGUUUCAAACCUUGGUAUCGGGCACACCAGGUACUCUACCUCGGGGAUCUCUGAGCUGCAGAACUGCCAGCCUUUUGUUGUAGAAACUCUUCAUGGAAAGAUUGCUGUGGCACACAAUGGGGAACUAACAAAUGCUGUACGACUGAGGAGGAAGCUUAUGCGGCAUGGUGUAGGAUUGUCAACCAGUUCUGACAGUGAAUUGAUCACCCAGCUGCUGGCUUUCACACCUCCUCUAGAAAAUGACGACACUGCUGACUGGGUAGCAAGAAUUAAAAAUUUAAUGAAUGAAACUCCAACUUCAUAUUCAUUGCUAAUUAUGCAUAAAGACAUAAUCUAUGCAGUACGUGAUCCAUAUGGGAAUCGCCCACUCUGCAUUGGUCGCCUUAUUCCAGUAGGGGACAUGAAUGGAAAAGGAAAAGAUAACAGUGAAACAGAAGGAUGGGUAGUCUCCUCUGAAUCCUGUAGCUUUUUAUCUAUUGGUGCUGAGUACUAUCGUGAGGUACUUCCUGGAGAGAUUGUGAAAAUAUCCAGGUACGAUGUCCAAACAUUGGAUGUUGUACCAAGACCAGAAGGAGAUCCGUCAGCGUUCUGCAUCUUUGAAUAUGUUUAUUUUGCAAGACCAGACAGUAUCUUUGAAGGUCAAAUGGUGUAUUCAGUCAGGAGGAGAUGUGGCCAGCAACUUGCUAUUGAAGCACCUGUGGAGGCAGACCUGGUCAGCACUGUUCCAGAGUCUGCAACCCCAGCAGCUCUGGGUUAUGCUCAAAAGUGUGGACUGCCAUAUGUUGAAGUACUCUGUAAAAAUCGCUAUGUAGGAAGAACUUUUAUCCAGCCAAAUAUGAGGUUACGGCAACUUGGUGUUGCAAAGAAGUUUGGUGUUCUAUCUGACAAUUUUAAAGGCAAGCGAGUUGUUAUCAUUGAUGAUUCAAUUGUGAGGGGCAAUACUAUUUCUCCCAUAAUAAAACUACUAAGGGAAUCAGGAGCUAAAGAGGUGCACAUUCGUGUGGCUUCACCUCCCAUAAGAUUUCCAUGUUACAUGGGAAUAAACAUUCCAACAAAAGAAGAACUGAUUGCCAACAGACCUGAAUUUCAUGAUCUUGCGAACUAUAUAGGGGCCGACAGUGUUGUUUAUCUUUCUGUGGAAGGGCUUGUAUCGUCUGUGCAAGAAAGCAUCAAAGCAAGAAAAGAGAAUGAGAACAGUCUUAAAACCCAGAAAUCACGUGUUGGAAAGAUUGGUCACUGCACAGCAUGUCUCACUGGAGAGUAUCCUGUAGAGCUAGAGUGGUGAAUUUUUAGUGGAUGGACAUUGGUUCAUCCAUUGAUGAAUGUACCUGUUUCAAAGAUGCCUUCUUGCUAGUAGCCUUCUUACAUUUAGGUAAUAUGUAAAGCUUACCAGAGCUAACUGAUUACUGUUACUAACUACAUCUUUAUGGUAAUGGCUUAGAUAAAGUCUGUGCUGACAAAAACUAUCUAAGCAAAUUAAAAUAUAAAAUCAUA